AUGGAAGAGAGUGGAUAUAUUAUGCCCUCCCGGGUAUUGUUUUCCAGCAAAGCAUCAACGAGAGGCUGUCGAACGGUGUGUUGGAAUGUCACUUUGCUGUUACUAAGCAUUGGUGUGGUGCUUAUAGUUGUUCGUGACAGCCAUUUCUCCUCGCCCAGUAUUCCCACGCAAGAUUCUAGUGGUAGGUUGUGUGUUAGAGCAAGGGUUCCCAACCAUUUUCAUUUUGUGGCCCCCGACCAAAAUAUAAUCAUCUUCAUGGCCACGUUAAGCACAUUGACUUUGAAGACAAUUAAAAGCACAGCAGAUACAGAGCAACAACCUAUCAUCUACAUCAUCACAGCCACCUACAAACGGCCAGAGCAGAUUCCGGAGCUCACUCGCCUCGGCCAGACUUUGCUGAGCGUUUCCCGAAUUCACUGGAUCGUCGGUGACGACAGGAGGACGGCGAACCAGCGGGUUUUAGAUCUCCUUGAAUUCCUUGGCAUCCCCUACACUUACCUCUUAACACCGAUGCCGGAAAUAUACAGGAACCCACCGGUCAGCGUGAGCGGCAGAGGCUGGGCUAAAAGGGCGAGGAGUCUUUUACCCAGGGGCGUGGCUAACAGAAUGGCAGGACUUGACUGGGUUAAGCAACAUGCAUCGUCAGGAGUCGUUUACUUCGCUGACGACGACAACACCUACGACACCAGGCUCUUCGAAGAGAUGCGAUAUACCAAGCGGGUAUCCAUGUGGCCAGUGGGGCUCAUGGGGUCCUCGGGAUUGUCGACUCCCAUUAUCAAGGAAGGGAAGUUUGUUGGCUGGUACGACGGCUUCAUUCACAGCCGAAAAUUCCCUGUCGAUAUGGCUGGAUUUGCCGUAUCCGUCGAGCUCAUUCAGCAGGUUCCCAAUGCCAGUAUGCCGUUCAGAGUUGGGCAUGAAGAGACUGGGUUCCUCGAGAGUCUGAAAAUCAGCACGGCAGACAUUGAGUUUAAAGCCGACAAUUGUUCCAAGAUCUACGUAUGGCAUACUCAGACAGUGGAUAUAUAUGUUUCUCCGAGAUUCAAGUUCUUACAAAAAAAGUACAAAGACACGAAUGUGGGAAUUCUCGUAGAAAGCAUGGCGUAAUAUAUAUGAAGACAUUUUCG